CGGGGCAGUCCUAUUCCUUCCGCUAUAUCCUCAAAAUAUUAGCCAAUCAGAAUUGGCUAAUUUGACACAUUCCGUAUUUACAUUUUAUGGAGUGAAAUUUUACUGGAGUAGUUUCCAUAAGCAAUCAACAAAAAUAUUUUUCAAUUUGACUUUUCGCCGAGUGGAUUUCUGAUAUAAAAUUGAAACCGGACAAAUCAUUGAUUAUCAAAAUCUUUUUUAUCUCAUUAUUGCAUAUAACUUAUAUCAGACACGACGUAACAGAUUACAAAAAUUAGCAUAAUUGUUUGUUAACUCAAAUCAUUUUUGCAGCAGAACCAUUGUAGUUUUUGCUGUAAAUUUGUUAAAUAAAACAGAAUAUUCGAUCACAACUGUCAGAAUAAACGUAUAAUAUAAAAGAAUUAAUAAUGAUUGUAAUAACUCACCUAGUUAAGUUACUUUAUUAACUAGAAAACAACCAAGAUCAUUUCUAAAGAAAUUAGCAAUUUUGAUCGAUUCGAUCGAUGAAUUAAAAAAAACAAUCCGCGUCAAAGCAAUUUAUUACGCUGAAAAAUCAGAUUUUAUCUAUUCUUUGUUGAUUUUAUCCGCCAAAUUGGCAGCCAGUAUCUAAUAAUUGCAUCAAAUAUUAUUUGUUUAUUUGACUUAUUUGAGAAUUUUUCAAUAUUGGAACUUUUCAAAAACUCGCAGUCAUGGAAAUUAUUUUGAAGCCAGCGGUUGUUUAUUUUGGACUCAUGGUCAUCCAGAAUUUUUUCAUCAAAUCGCAAGCAGAUGAAUCAAUUGCCUUCUCCUCCCAGUUUGAGCAGGGCUCCACUUGGCUCCCCUUCCACAUGACCGGCAGAUCUGACAAGGGGUUUGAAGCUGUAACGACUGGCGACAACAAAGGGUUCAAAGUGUGUGACGUAGAAAAAAUGAAAGAUCCUCAAAAUCUGCUCAUUUCUCGUUUCAUCCAGCCUCAAGAUUCAGUCGAACGAAUCAUGCUUGACAUUCAAUAUACGCUAGAGGGCGACAAAAAGAAUUCAAAUUUGAAAGUGGGAAUUGUCGAAACUAAUCAGCCAAUGAACUUCAACCAGUACGCGGACACAGCUUUCAACACCAUAAAAAACAGUUUCGGCUCAAACUGGUUGCCUCUAUCCGAUUAUCUGGAGCUAGAGCUGACCAAGGGUCAAUCUGGGUUUCACAUUGCAUUUCUGGAUUUGGGUGCCUGUUUGAGUUUGCAGUCAAUGCAAAUUAAGUACUUAUUCUGCCCCGAUAUGAAAGCAAACUUGACCCACUUCGAGAGAACCACAGUUUUUGUGCAGCCCGUGCAAGGGCGGUGUGUGCAGAACGCGAAGGCGGAGAGCUUUCCCGAGAACAACUGCAAGAGUAGCGGACUGUGGCGCAAGGCCACUCCCGACGGAGACUGCAAGUGCGACCCUGGAUUCGAACCAGACCUCGGCUUCCAGAGUUGCCUCAAGUGUCCCGAGGACUACUACAAGGUAGAGAGUGGAAACGAGAGAUGCAAGAGGUGUCCCUCCAAUUCAGACAGACAGCCAUACAUGUACAACAGAAUGGACACUGUGGCCACUAAAUGUGACUGCAAAACUAACUACUUUAGACAGCAGGACGAGACUGUGCACACCCCAUGCACAACUGUGCCCAGCAAACCACUGGAUCUUCGAGUGGAAGUAAAGUACACUAGCUUUGCAUUGUCGUGGCGUCGACCAAGCUACAACGGAGGACGAUCCGACAUGUUCUACGAAGUCUCUAUCUGUCCUGUAGUCGUUUCGGGAAGCUCCUCGGGCGUCGCCGUGGCCACCUUGGAUUCCGACUGUGAGCCGACUCUUCUCCGUAAUGACGUCACAGUGUUCUCGGCUACUGGGUUUCUCUCGGAGCGGAGGUACUCUAUUCGGGUGUGCGCUAAAAAUGGAGUAAGUUCUCAAAUGAGGGCAGAUGAAGCGGAGAGAAAAAGUUGCGAACUGUACGCAGAAACAACAGGAAAAGAACUGCGAGUUGACAACCUCGAACUUAUCCCAGAAAGGGAGACAAUCGCGAUCCAGUGGGUGGAACCACAAGUGCCAAUCGACAACCCAGACUUACUCAACUACUCAAUCACAGUCUACUUGGGCGCAGUCGUGUUCAGUCACGUGACCACGACCAAGUGCCGGGCGGCCUUCUCGGGGUUGAGUUCGGGGGAGUACACGUUCUCUGUGGUAGCCAGAUAUGAUGGAAUAAAAGGACCCCAGACUAAUUUAACCCAGAAAAUUCAAGGUCUCGGCCCAAACGGACGACAAAUGGACUUGUUCUCCUCGCCCGAUCCAGGGGUCAUGCUCAUGAUCGGAGUCGUCGUCAUCGUCCUGCUAAUCCUAGUGACCAUCUUCAUAUCGGCAGUCUGCAUCCUCAGACGGAAACACGCAGAGUGGGAGAAGGGGCUGGGGGGAGGGGGUCAGGGACUAAUGGGCGGGGCCGCGGGUGUAAUGGGGGGACAUAGAGGGGCCUUUAUGGAGUACGAGACGAGCAAAGCAUAUCCCUAUCUGGGAUACGGUUCUGGAAGUGGGGCUAGUAUGCCUUAUGACUUCACAGCUGUCCCUGUUGGGCAGACAUUCAUAGACCCCCACUACUACAAUCUGGAGGAGAUGAUGAAUGAGUACACUUCACAAGUUGACCCCCACACCAUACACUUGGAGUUACCCCACGACGCAAUUGUUCUAGAGAGUGGGUUCUUCGGCUGUGCUGGAAGCUACACUUCGACCGACCAUUUCCCCUCCAAACAUCCCGUUUUUGUGAAGAUGUGCAAACAGAAGGAAUCGGACCAGUUCAAGGAGCUGUUUUUUAUGGAAGCGACAAUCCUAGGACAGUUCAACCACCCCAAUGUAUUACAGCUUCACGGGGUAUCACUCAAAAGUGAUCCAAUGAUGAUGGUGACUGAACACACCACCGGUACUUUCUCAGACUACCUGGAACUAAUAUACGCCCACCAAACAGUAUCAAACAAACUGGGUGGUGGGGGAGGGGGAGGUGCCGACCAACAGGGGGUCUCUUUCUCUCUACCACCGGGACAGAUUGUGCACCAGAUGAGGGGUGUGGCUUGCGGUAUGCAGUACUUGUCUGAGCUGGGAUACGUGCAUAAGGUGCUGUGCGCCAAGAAUAUCCUGGUUUCUCAGAACGAAGUGUGCAAGAUUACUGGAUUCGACCAGCGCAUCCUGCUCGACCAGGAACAGAGCCUAUUUGGAGAAUCAGGGGUCAGUGGUGAACUAUUGCCGUGGAGUGCGCCCGAAGUGUGUUCCCUGAGGAAGUUCUCCACCCACUCUGACUCGUGGAGUUUCGGAGUCACCCUGUGGGAGAUAUUCGCAUUCCCUCACCAGCAGAGACCCUACUUCGGCAGAACAAAUCAAGAGAUAAUUAGACUAAUUGAGAGUGGGUACCGACUGCCCGCCCCUGGAAACUGCCCACUGAUUCUAUACGAACUGAUGAAGGCUUGCUGGUGUGACGAGAGGAAUAAGAGACCAGAUUUCGCCCUGAUCCAAGAACAGAUGCAUCAUAUGAUUAGGAGACAAGAUUUGCUACAAGAGACAGUCGCUGCUGCUAACAUGAAGUCAGCGAACUCCAAUUUGAGCCCUCAUAACCUUCAGAACAACCCUUCGAGUGGAUUAAACAUGAGCACACUAGCUUCAACCAACUACUUCACCCUUCCCCCCUCGUCUACUAGCGGGUCACUCCCCAUCACCACCUCCGACUGGCUCAUGUCAAUCAAACUCCCCCAGUACUCGGAACUAUUCGCAAAAAACAAUAUAAUUACCACCGAGGAUAUUUUAAUGUCAGUCGACGCUUCAGUUCUUGAGCAGAUGGGAGUGAGUUCGACAAAACAUAGAAAGAAAAUGAUGGAUGCGAUUUCGAAAUUGAAAAAACAACAACACUGUGCCAAUAAUAUUUCGACAACUUCAAGUAGCAGUCUAACAAAGCAGAAUAUUGACUUGGCGAAUAAUCCACAAAACUGCAUAUCUUUGCAAACAUCGCCAGUUUUCUCGGAAAUAUAAAACUAUUUUGUAUGAGUAAUUUUUCUAAAUGUUAUUUCUGAUAUGUGAUAGAAAUUUAGACACAAACCAAUCCUUAAUUGAAUGUUUUUUUAUUU